CCUUUGACAUAUCACAACAUUGAGAAAUUUGGGAAGGUAAUUUUGAGCAAAACGAAGAAUAAGACUGGACUUUUGAAGGAUGGAGAAUGCACCGAUAGAUGGGUUGGAGGCGCUGGAGAGGCACCUGAAGGUCCUCGUUGAGAAACCCGAGACGCCGUUUGAUGCGAAGCUGUUUGAUGAUGUUGAGCUUCAAUUUACGCCAACCAACACCCCACCCCUCCUCAACCGCCUCCUCCCCGGUCUCACCGCAACCCUCACCCUCACACCCCAUGACCCCACCCCCGUCGCCUCCCUCGCCUCAAAACUCCUCGCCCCCCUCAACUUCACCACGCUUCUCACCAUCGCCCCCCCGCCCUCUUUAAUACUCGCCCUCUCUUCUUCUCCCCCUCCGGACUCCUCGCCCUCGCCAUCUUCGAGAAAGCCGCCUCAUCCCCCUCCAACGUCGCCCUCCUCGCCACCCACCCCGACCUAAUCGCACAACUCAUACGAACCUGGCUAGCCAGCCCCGCCGUCGGGGUCGGUGAGUGCGCGACACAGCUUCUCGGCGCACUG